AUGAACCCAAUUAACAGAACAAGGGCAUCCUUGAAAAAGCCAAGAGACUAUAUGGUGAAACGAUUGUUGGAUUUGAGCGUUCAGUUCAUGUUAAAGAGUCACAUACGCAUUCAGAGAGAGAACUUCCUUCAGCUGAGGUUGCAUAGUAAUGCUGGAACCAUGAUCUGCUUAGCUCGGACACAUGAAGACGACUUGUGUGAGCUUAAUGUAGAUGAUUUACUGGAAUACGCUCAAUACUGGAGAGGAAUAAAGGACAGGCUGGAGAUGGCCGUGGGUCAGUACAUGGAACAGACUCAGCAUGUGCUUAACCACAAGCUACAACUGAACAACGUGUUGGAAGCAGUGAAAGAAAUCUGCUACACCCUGCGAGGUGUAGAAACUGAGGCUCUACAUAAUGCAGUCAGUGCUCUGUACAGAACUUGCCUGCAGCCAGAACAGAACUGGCUUCCAAACUCUAUCAACACCGCAAAAGCUGAUGUACAGGACGCUGUGGUCCAGCUGUCCAGAGCCCUUUCUGAUCUAAUCAAUCUCUUCACUGGGAGCUUCUACACAGACUUCCAGGCUCAGCCGUCCACCUACUCCAUCUCCAGGGGCCGCUGUACAAAUUCCCAAUUCAGCUUCCACUUGUACGCGGCAAACAACCUUCCUGACAACUGGACAAAAAGGUCUGAGAUGACAUUGGCUAUCAGUGAGCAAUCUGAGUAUGACACACCAGAGCCAAGUGAUGUGGCACAGUUUAGAGAGGAUGUUUUUGGAGAAACAACAUAA